AGCCGCGCCAGGCCAUCCGGACAGUUUCAGCUGAUCCAUGUCAACACGUCGUCGCGGAGCUUCUGGAGGGACGCGCGAGGUAGAAGCAGACCUAGAGCCAUGCCUGAGGUAGACCAGAGUAAGGAAGUGAAAGUGGAGAAGGUACAGGAGGUGGAGGUGGAAGGAAAAGUUGAGGAGGUUUCGGAGGAAUGGCUUGAUGUUUUAGGAAGUGGAGACCUCAAAAAGAAGGUGAUAAAACCAGGAAUAAUUGACUCAAGACCAGUAAAAGGUGACACAGUUACAGUCAGAGCAACUGGAAGGCUGGACGAUGGCAAAGAAGUGGAUAUUCACGAUGAACUUACAUUCACAGUUGGAGACAGCGAGGUGGUACUUGGAUUGGACAUGAUUGUGCCUCUGAUGGAUAAGGGAGAAACAGCGGAGGUUUACAUUGGUGCCAGAUUUGCCUACGGUUCAAAAGGGUUGCCUCCAAAUAUCCCACCAGAUACCCCUCUAACCUACACCAUUGAAAUCUUAGACUCGUCCCCUGAUGUGGAGCCCGACUCCUUACCGAUCCCAAAACGGAUGUCUAUAGGGAAUCGUAAGAGGGAGCGUGGCAACUGGUGGUUCAACAGGGAAGAAUAUGCCACCGCUAUUCAGUGUUAUAGUGCAGCUGUUGAUUAUCUAGAUGAUGCGACGGAGGAGUACGGGGAUGAAGUGAGGGAUGAAGUAAAGCCUUUGCUGGUGGAGAGACUGAAGGCCCUCAACAAUAUGGGUGCUGCGCAGAUCAAAGUGGGUGCCUAUGACGUGGCACUGAAGUCACUUGAAGCUGUGUUGAGGUGCCAGCCUAAUAAUGUAAAAGCACUGUUUAGAAAAGGAAAGGCAUUGGGUCUUCAAGGAAAAUUUAAAGACGCUGUCACAAUACUAAAAUCUGCCCUGGAAUUGGAGCCUGAGUCCCGCCUCAUUCACCAAGAACUGGCGAGGGUCCGUGAGAAGGCCAGAGAAGAGGCAGAAUCUGAGAAGAGCUUGUACAGGAAGAUGCUGGGAAUAAAGAAAGAAUAUUUGCAAGAGGACCAGCGGUACCCCGUCAUCAAAACUUUCCCUUGGAGAGAGUGGUUUGCACUGUUUGUUAUGCUGCUAGUACUUCUAAUAGCCUACAAGUACCGAGAUCUGAUAUUGGGUAUCUUCCAGUGAGAGGGGAUAAAGGUAUUGUAUGUAAGUUGGCUGCUAAAGUGGCUUUGUACUUACCAUAUUAUAUAAUAAAAUUUUAGACCUUGUAUUUUUGAAGAUUUAAAUAUUUUUGGUUUUGCUAGUGCAAUAUUACUCAAGCUAUCUGAUGUGGCAAACCAUCAAGGCUUUUUUUUUCCAAUAGGCCAGAGGCUGGUUACAUGUAUGUGCCAUAUUAUUUUUUGUUUACUGUCUGGAAGACAAAAAUUAAUAUUCAUAUUAAUAAUGAAGUAUACCAUUUUUUUUAUAUUUAUUAUUUUUUCUUAAAAUAAAUGAUACUUGUGACACUCUGUAGUAGCCAUUGGUUUGCUUACUGAAGUUAGCAAACCACAUUUUGGGUAGUACUGCCUUAGGGGUCUUCAUGUGCUGUUGCAGUUUGAUAGAUAAAAUAAUUGAAUUAAUGUAUGUAUGGAAUGACAGCAGAUUGAUUCUUUGCAGCUAUAGAAUUACAGUUAAGAAUUAAUUAUAAGUCUUGGUUAUGUGAUGUAGACACAUAUGUUUUUGUAAGUGACUUGCAAAAGAUACAUAUUUUCUGUUCCUAUUGAUUUUGCUAACAUCACAUGACAUUGAUAGAAUAGGCAAUGGUAGAAGACAAAGUGCCAUUAUCAUUUAAUAGGAGUUGAUAGUUUGAACUCCACUCCCUGGUAUGGUGUAAUAUGAACUUAUGCCUCACAAAAUAAAGGUAAUACUCCAAUCCACCCUCUCUUCAUUUUUAAAGAGAACUGACUAAUUACUGACUUACUGCUAUUUGACAGGUAGAUGGUAAAUCUUGCCUCAUGUGUAUUGCAUUAGGUAAUCUUUAUUAAUGUAACCAGGGUGCUAAAUCAUUCACUCUUGAGUUUGAUGAGUAGACUUCAGAUGUGAGAAGGAGGUAUGACAAAGCAGUUGGAUUUUGUUGUUACAUGUACUUGAGAAAUUGAAGACUGGAGUUCUGCAUUCGCUAUUCAUAUUUUGUGACGUUGGAGAAGUAUGUGAAUAUUGAUUUCCAAGAUCAGUAGAGCAUAUACUUGUAAUAACAGCAACUCCAUCCCCAUGACAUACAGUCAAAUUAUUCUAGUUGGUACUGGUAUGUGUUAUAGAAUUUUUACUCUAAUAUUACAAACAGUUUAAAAUAGUAAAAGUCUUUGUAUCUACAGAAGCAAACAGAAUGGUUGCUUUGUCAUUUAAAUACAUUUUAUGGUAAUAUUCAGUACAAUAUACAACAUGCUGUUCAGACUAUAUUGUUCCAAAGUUGGCUGCCAAGUGAGGGUAAAUUUCAUGAAACUGGAGCUAACUUGAAGACAUUAAGAUACAAAAAAAGGAGGGUACCAUGUGUGGAUACAGCUGGGCAGCUACUUGCAUGCUAGAUAAGCCAGUCAGCUGCUGAGACUUGGUGCAGUAGUGGCGGUCUGAAAAUCUUUGCCUGUAUCAUCUCGGAAGAGUGACUUAGGAUUAAACAAUACCGGAAUUUCUCCAUUGUAAUUGGGGACCAUUAUAGCUAGGUCUGUUAUAGCGAUGGUAGACUCAUGGUUUAUGUGAGCAGUCUUUAGUUUUUUUUAAUGUCAGCAGCCAAAUUCCUUUUUUUUUUUUUUUUUUUUUUUUUUUUUUUUUUUUUAGGCUAAGUGUGUAUUAUACACUUAUGUGCAAGUUUUUUAUGAACAUGAUAAUUUAGAGGGACUUAUUAAAAAAAGCUAUAUUAAUAAAGUGAUACUGAUAAAGAAAUAUUAGAUAUCUUUUAUAUUUCAGUAGGAAAGAGAAUAUUUGAAUUAAAAUGAUUAUAUGAAAUAAUGCUAAGAUAGAGGAAACUUAGUUAAUGAAAUGCUUCUUCAGCUCACACACACUGAAUAUUUUUAAAUCUUUAGAUAUUUAUAGGUUUGUACAUUUAGGGUGCCAAAAUGGGGAUAAAAAUAGGUUGUUUGGUAUUUUAUAUAUAUUUGGUCAUGAAGAGAGAGGUUGAAAGAUAGAGAGAGAAAUGUUGAAGAUAGAGAGACAGAGAGGGGUUGAAAAUAAAGAUAGAGAGAGAGGUUGAAAGGUAGAGAGAAAGGGAGGGAGAAGGAGAGAGGGAUGGAGGGAGAGAAUGAGGGAGGGUGAAAGAAAGAAAAGUGUACGGAGAGAGAAUGAUGUAAGGUUCAGUUGACUACACUGAAGGCAGAGACAUUGUAAAAUGAUCAGUAGUGGAUUUUUUUAAAGCAAAUUUUUCCAAAGUUUCCUAUAUCAUGUUGGCAAAAGUUUAUCACAAAACAUUCAUUUUGUAUAACGUUCAUGGAGUGGCAGUGGGACUAGUAAAUCUUAACUCACAAAAGCACACUUUUCUAUGAUUACUCACAAAUCUUAUGCACAGAGAUUUCCUUCACCACUUCCAAUGACUUUUUAAUAAGCAGAUUUCCCCGGUGGUUUCUGGGAUCUCCGUACUAUUUCAAUAAAACAUUGAUUAUGUAAGUAUUUAAGAACUGCAGAGGUUUCCUUUGAUGGAUGAUUGUUUAAAUGAAGGUGCUUUUUAUUUUUUUAUUAUUUAUAUAUUUAUUUAUUUAUUUUUUCUAAAAUAUUUUGUAUCAAGGAUUUCUCAUCAUUUUCUAUUUUUCUUUUGUAUAUCAUCCACAUCUGAAUUGAACAGGUUAUGAAAGUGCCUCCUCUAUAUUAAGACAUGUUUUUUUUUCCAGAAUCUUAAUUGCAAUAAUUGUUAGUACUAAGGUAGAAAGGUAACACAUUUUUCAGAGAUGUCAGUACUAGAUAUAGAAGUAUAUCCGAUCAAAUGUGGAUGGACUUGGUUUUAUCCUAAUCUCCUGAUUUUAUUAAGAGUUAUUUUAUGGAUAGGGAACACAAAAAUAAGUCUGAAUUGGUAGAAUAGGUUUAUAUUUUAGAAGGAUUACUAUGUACUUGAAAAAGAAUAUCCUAUUUAUAUGGUUUUGAAAUAUAUUUAGAUGUAGAUAAAAAGUCUUCAUGUUGUCUCUAUACAUUGUGAACAUUAGUGCCUAAUAUUUACUCUGAUAACAGGGAAACAAAAAACAAACAUGCACACGCAUGCACACACCCGCGCACACACACACACACCCGCGCACACACACACACACAUGUGCACACACACACGCACACACACACCCCAAUUAACAAGUAAAAUACUCUGCAGGAAAGUCUUAUGUAGCUACUAUAUUAUAGACUAUAUUCCAUCCUAUACAAAGUUUGUAUCAUAAGGAUGUACUUUCCAUUUACUCUUGUACUUGUGGAUAUAUAUGCAGUUUUGUGAUAGCAGUGAGAAAUGUUCAUGCUUCCUGUAGGAUUUCUCACAUCAACAUGGACAGGACUUGUAGAUUAUUCAGUAAAUGUUUUUGGUUUUGUAGGCAUCAUAGUUACUCAAUCCAGUACCUUCCCUCCAUGUAGAAUGUUAUUAUAGUCACUGAAAGUUGUUUAGAAAGUUACAAACCGACUUUGUACUGCACAAAUAGGGUAGUUAUGUUAAUGGAGUUUUCAGAGUGUUUUUCCCCUUUUUUGAAUUACAUUUUAGGUAAUGAGAGAAAUUCUGCAUAGUCUUUGUAUGGUAAUUAAGUAGGCUGAUCUGUGUAUGUGUGGUUUGUUUCGUUUUGUAUUUUCAUAUUUUUUUUCCUAAAUGUACAGCAGUGCUAUUCAGGAUGCCAAAGGAAGUUUUGCAAUGGGUAGAGAGUUUGGCUUAAAUCAAAUACCUUAUUGCUUGCUUUUUUUUUCUUUUUUCUUUUUUUUUUAUGUAAUAUUGGUUCUCUCUGGCUCUUGUGUUGUAAAAGGAUAUUGCCCUUGACUUAUUACUUGCCAUUUUUGUAAUAUUUAUACACAUUUGCUGGAGCAGUACUGGCAUUGUUCAGUUCUUCGGUGACCAUGGGAACAGCCUGAGUUCUAGAGGUACCUGUUAUUGUGUUUAGUGUCUUUGACCAUAAUACUAAAUUUAUUCACCAACUAAUAAUACCUUCCUUCUGUGUUACUCAAAACAGUGUAAUAUUUACUAUAAUAAUUUUGAGUUGCAUUUCUGUUUCUACAAAGUAUCUAGAGUUUUUUUGAUCACAGGGUUUUGUUGAUUUGUUGUUGAUUACAUCUUGGAUACUGUAUAAACAUGUAUGGCAUCUCCUUUCUUGUAAUACUAUGGAUCUCAAAGCCUUUUCCUCAGGUGACUCACACAUGUCUAUUUACACUUUAUUGUGGACAGUUGGCCUUUUGCUUUAACUUUGUAAUCACUUCAUCCUCUCCGCAUCACACAGAUGGAGGAGGACAGGCUGUUCAUAAUGUUUAAGUCCAUGCCAGAUAUUAACUGAAUGUGGAUUAUAGAUGCAUGAUUUCUUGCUUCAUUAAAGGGAAAAUGGAAGGUAAUUUAGGAAAGAUAUAAUAAGACCUACUGCAAGCAGGGUAAUAAAUGGUCUUCAAUCUGAGAGUUCUGCAGUAAUUUAUUGUAAAAGGAAGAGAGAAAAAUUGUAUCUCUUUAAGAAAAAAAAAUAUUCCUAAAAAGUUUUUGUGACCUCUAUCUCAGGUGUGAUCACUUUAACUAUGUAGAUAUCAAUAUAACUGUGUCUUUAAAGCGUCAAACUAUUUUCUAUUAUCCUCUUCUCAAACAAAUGAUUGUAUGUAAAUUAAGUCAUACAUAUUUACUGCUCUUGUAACCAUUCCAUUAUUUUAUUAAAAGUAAUAAAUCUUGGGAGAUCUCUCUUGUGUA